AUGAGGCAGCCGGGGUACAUCACGCUCCCGAUCAUUGUGGUUCUCCUUUCGAUUGGGUAUCUGUACUAUGCUACGGUCUUUGUCGUGAUCGAUGGCUGGCUGGGGCUGGGGACUGCACCGGGGCUCGCAAACGCCGCGGUUUUCUCUGGCCUUGGGGUAAUCUGCGUCGGCACCUACGUGACGGCCGUCCGCCGCGACCCUGGCCACGUGCCCUCGUCCUACACCCCUGACAUCGAGGACCCCGGAGUGUCCAUCCAUGAGAUCAAGAGAAAGGUGUGAUUUCUUCCUGCUUUGUCUACUUCUAUCCCCGACAUUUCCGAUUAGUUUUCUCUACUAUUAGCCUUCUGCUAACUAGAUCGGGGUGUUCUUUAGGUUAGUGAUAGUUGGAGCUGUUCCCGAGCAUGGGGUGCCAGAUCAUGGCCGGGAUGUUUUUGUGUCUGGCUCAUUCAGGGAAAAAUCGUUUUCUGAACUAUCAUCUACUGUGUACUCUGCAUACUUCCUAAGGGAUGCUCAGCCGCGGUUUCGCCAUCUGCCGGGUAUCUCAUAUUGUGUGUUCUUUUGUUGUGUGCGUUGGUAGGUCCGUACGGGGUGAAAAUAUUUUUCAUUUUUCAUUACCAUUGGGAGUGAUAAUCAGCUUUAUACACACAUUGAAGACAUUAACCGCGAGGGUUUUGUUUCCUCAGUUAAAACGGCAUUGCCCAGAAGUGAGGUCCUCCAAACUACUUGUUACGGUAGUAAUCAGAGUGAAAUGCGAGUAGGCAAUCUGCAAAAAAUUACUGGGCACUGCCUUAGUGGAAGAUUUUUAGUUCUUGAUAGGUGAUUAGUACCUACCAAUCAUUUUUGCAAUGAGAGGGAAAAUGUUGACCAACUUUUUUAGCAAAAAAAUUGCAUAGGUGAUCAGCACCAAUCAUAUAUUGUUAUUUCUGCUCUCCUAACUAUCUAUCAGUAUAUGGGAUUUUAUUUCCAACUUUUUUUCUGCAGCAGGUUAAAAUUUUCUCAUGGUUAUCAAUCGAUUCCUUUCUUUGCAUUACUUCAAACUCUUGUCUGUGGCAUAUAUAAUGGAUGUUUAUAUUUUUUAGUUCUUAAGUUUGUUCUUGGUGUAAAUUGCUAGCCUUUUUAUGUUGUUUUUCCCUGUCAGAGUGGUGAUCUGAGGUAUUGUCAGAAGUGCUCUCACUAUAAACCUCCCAGGGCACAUCAUUGUCGGGUUUGCAAAAGGUGUAUCUUGAAAAUGGUAUGCACUGUCGCUUCACUUAUCCAUAUUUAUUCCUGGCAAAAUCUGAGGAGAUUACACAGGGAGGGGGAACAUUUUUCUUGCAGGAUCAUCAUUGUAUCUGGAUUAAUAACUGCGUUGGACAUGGCAAUUACAAGGUCUUCUUUGUCUUUCUGCUGCAUGCAGUGAUUGCCUGUACACACUCCAUGGUAUUGGAUGCAUUUAAUUUUUUUAAUUGAAUAUUAGAAUGUCGUAUUUAAGGAAACUUGUAAUUCCCUAAGUGAGGAUGCACACUAUCAGGUCUUGCUUGUGGGCAGUACCGCACAUGAUUUUCAUGGAGACCAGCGACAAACCGAAGGUUCUUCCAGAAUUUCAUAUGUAAGCCGUAAAGAUUGAUAUAUUUUUCGUGUUGAUGUGUUGCUGAUCGAUACCUUAAUCAGAUAAUAUGUGGGGUGCUGCUAUUUCCCUUAACUUUGGCCCUGAUCAUACUGCUGGGAUGGCACAUUUAUCUGAUCUUACAGAACAAGACGACUAUUGAGGUUUGUGAGUCUACUGGUAAUUCAUCAGGAGCGCCUUGAUUGAGAUUCCUUAACGUUAAUUGCAUUAUUCAGUAUCAUGAAGGUGUCAGAGCGAUGGGCCUGGCGCAGGAGAAUGGAAAUGACUACCAGCACCCAUACGAUCUUGGUGCCUAUGAGAACCUCGUCUCGGUGAGCAUUGCCGUUUUGUUCUUGUUCUUAUGGAUACGGCAGACAUGUCGGGAAGUCAAUGUUUUCAGUGUCCCAUUUGCUUUUAAGCAAUGCCUUUAAGAUGCCUAGAAGGUGGAAGACAUCUCCAUUGUCCAAAGGCUGAUAAUCUCCAUAUGUUCUUAGAUUAGUCAACGGAGGAUGGAGGCUGGCCUUUAGAUCAGCAGCCUAAGUGACAUGAGAUAAUAGCCUGAAGGGUACCAUGGGUCCUACAUAAUGCGCUUCUGGGAAGUAUUUUCCAUCGACGUGCAUAUGAUUGAGAAGGAAAAUUGACUAAAGUUUUGGUCGGAGGGUGGAAAAUCUUGAAUGAUAAUCUGAUCAACACUUUUUUAUACUAACCCGCGCAAUGGCUUCCACCUGUUUUCGUUCAGAUACUGGGACCGAGCGUAUGGUGUUGGAUAUGUCCCACCUCUGGGCACAUCGGAUCGGGUCUCCAUUUCCGGACAUUCUACGACCUUAGACUCUCCAGGGCAUCAAGCUGA